CCCCCCCCACCCCCCCGAAAGAUGUCACCACCCAUCCUAGCCAAAUACGAGGAUUUCGUCCUCCACAAUGCGCCGCAGAUCAGCGGCUUGGAGAGCGGGUUGCGGUCGCUUACUUAUUUGCUUCCAGGACGCUUCGAGAACUCUGACAUGGCUUCGGAAGCAAUCUUCACCUUCGUAAACCUAAUGUCCCUCUACCACGACACAAUCCUCUCCACCGCGGCCCUGCGGCAACAACCCGAAACUCCCGCGACGAAAUUCAACCGAUACACGCGCUAUAUGCUGCGUAGUGGAAGCACGUAUAAGCGCGUGGCGUAUACGUUGACCAUUGUGCAGAUGUGUGAGGUGUUGAUGGAGAUGGGUGCCAGGAGGGUUGGGGGGAGAAGGGGGAGGGAGAGGGUUGUGGUGGGGGUUGAGAUUGCUAAAGUAAUAUGCCGCACAAUUCUCCUUAAACUCUCCCGCAACCGCAUGACCAUGCACGCCACGGUCCCCGAACGCGACUACGACCCGGCGACCGUCGAGCCCCCGCCCACCUCCCCUUCCGAACACCCCGCGACAUGGAAGGGCACGCGGACAGGCAAAGAGCACAUCCGCGUGGACCAUAUCACCAAAUCCGACAAGGGCGGCUAUGACCACGCCGUGCAGUAUUUAUUGUCGAAAGCGCUGACGGAGGCGGCGAUAAGUCCGAUGGAUUUGUUGAGACCGAUUGUUACGGCGAGGAGGAAGGUGUCCGAGUGGAUGUUUGUGUUGAGGCCGCUUGUUUAUGUCCUAGCCCUCCGCCGCUACGGCCCCUCCUCCUACAAACCCUACCUCCUCUCCCUAACCAUGGAAGUCCUCAGCCUAACCGCCUCCCUGUCCCCGAGCACUUUGGGAUUCCGCCGCGACCUGACGAUCCUGGAGCGGGAGCAGUAUAAACGAAGAUAUUGGCUGUUGCUGUAUUAUCUGCUGAGGAACCCGUUUUAUGAGCAGUGGACCAAGGAGAGGAUGGGGGCGUUUAUUGAGGGGGCGAGUAGGAGGCCGCUUAUUUCGCUUCUUGCUGGUAUAUUACGGGACUACCAGCCUCUAUGGGAGAAAUGGCAUUUUUACACAUCCGGCUACUGAAGCCCACUGCGCAUAUCUUGUAUGUACUCCCUCUUGUGUAUACAUGCGCCAUAUAUAUAUCA